AUGGUUGUAUGCAUAAUAUGUGGUUCUUUUACUACGACUUUGGUGGAGAGCUUAGAGUUGCCAGCGAUCACCAUUUGUCCAAAAGUGCCGGACGCAUUCAAUGCAACUGGACUUCUUGGUGAUAUACGGGUUACAUUUCCAGAUAUCGAUAAUGCUACUGCUCUAGAUUUAGUACGGUUUUUCGUUGGUGGCAAUGGUUUGGAGAAUAUGGAUGACCUAUCCUACUUCAAUCGAACUUACAUGAGUCAUUUGAAUCAGCUUUAUAAGAUUUGGUCCGACGGUUAUACAACGGAGCAGUUCUUCAACCUUAUCCAGGAAAAAUACGGCUAUACUUGCGAUGAGUUGUUCCGCGAAUGUCAACUGGCUGGGAAAAUCAUGAAUUGCUGCAGCGAUCUGUUUAAACGACAAGUGGUUAUGAGAAGAGGAAUAUGUUUUCAAACGAGGAAAUUUGUUAAUCAGACGGAAGCAGACGAUAUCGGACGGAUUAUACUGAGUUUGAAAGCGCCUCCAAGCAUCACUAAUCCAUAUUAUAACUUUACCCAGCCUCAAAUCAUUGUUUAUAUAACGGACAACUUUGAACAUGUUGUGGAUUUUCCACGCUUCUAUCUGUAUCCUCAUGAAUGGAAUCGUAUGAGAUUCACGGCGAGAUAUAUAGCCCUAAUCGAAAAUAAGGAUGUCUGCACCCAAAGGGUAUGUUUUAUUUAA